ACUGUAACGUCAGUGCAGCAUGCAGCGAACCCAUCAAGAAAAAGAGCGGCACAGUCGUUGCUGGUACCUGUGUGUUGUGCGUGCGUUGUGUUGAAUUCUUUCGUCGAUUUCGCCGUGCUUCGGCGACCGCAGCCUGGAACACAAUGCCACGGGAGAUGAUUAUGCUACAGCUCGGCCAAUGUGGCAAUCAAAUUGGCUUCGAAUUUUGGAAGAAGCUGUGUGCCGAGCACGGCAUCAACCCAGAGGGAGUGCUAGAAAACUUCGCAACUGACGGCAUAGACAGAAAAGACGUCUUUUUUUACCAGGCUGACGAUCAGCAUUACAUUCCUCGUGCGGUGCUUCUAGACCUUGAACCACGAGUAAUCAACACGAUAAUGAAUUCACCGUAUGCCAAGCUGUACAACCAGGAGAACGUCUAUCUCUCGCAGUCUGGAGGAGGCGCCGGAAACAACUGGGCUGUCGGCUAUUCGCAGGGCGAACGUCUCCAUGAGGAUGUUUUUGACAUCAUUGAAAGAGAGGCUGAUGGCAGCGACUCUCUGGAAGGCUUCGUACUGUGCCACUCAAUUGCUGGUGGAACAGGAUCUGGAAUGGGCUCGUACAUUCUCGAACACCUCAACGACAGGUUCCCGAAGAAGUUGAUCCAGACAUACUCAGUGUUCCCGAAUCAGGAUGAAAUGAGCGACGUGGUGGUCCAGCCAUACAACUCGAUGCUCACCCUAAAUAGGCUCACACAGAAUGCGGACUCGGUAGUUGUCCUCGACAAUGCCGCUCUCAACCAGAUUGCAGUUGAUCGGCUGCAUAUUGAAAACCCAUCUUUUGCUCACAUCAACACACUGGUGUCAACAAUCAUGUCUGUGAGUACAACAACCCUUCGGUAUCCCAGCUACAUGAAUAACAACCUCAUCGGUCUGGUGGCACCCCUGAUCCCAACACCAAAGCUUCACUUCCUGAUGACAGGCUACACACCUCUCACAACUGACCAUGAGGCACCCAGCGUGCGUAAGACGACUGUGCUUGACGUCAUGAGGCGGCUGCUGCAGCCAAAGAACAUGAUGGUAUCCAUCGGGCACGAUCGCUCGGCCAGUCAUUGCUACAUCAGCAUCCUCAACAUCAUCCAGGGCGAGGUGGAUCCGACACAAGUUCACAAGAGUUUGCAGAGGAUCCGUGAGCGCAAGCUGGUGCAGUUCAUCCCCUGGGGUCCCGCCAGCAUCCAGGUGGCACUGUCUCGGAAGUCGCCAUACGUCCAGACGCAGCACAGAGUCAGCGGGCUCAUGCUUGCCAACCACACAGGAAUCACCUCGCUGUUCCAGCGCACAUUGCAGCAGUUCGACAAGCUGCGCAAGCGAGAGGCCUUCCUGGAGCAGUUCCGCAAGGAGCCCAUGUUCCAGGACAGCCUGGAAGAGCUGGACGGCUCACGCGACGUCGUCCAGGGCUUGGUUGAUGAGUAUUUGGCAGCCACAAAAGCAGACUACCUCUCGUGGGUCUCGCGUCAGUCAACCGUGGCACCAAAGUGAAGUGGGCUUGUACUACUUAUCGUUUGAUAUUCCAUGUCUGGCUGCAAUUCUGAAUGCAAACUCUGAAGAUGUGGGAAAGAAAGAACUGCGCCACAAUGUUGCCCCGUUGCAGAAGGAACUGCGUUUCAGUGUGUGCUGCUCAAUUCCUUUAUAAUUAUGUGUCCUUUGUACAUAGAUAAGAUAUUGAACAUGCCCAGUCAUGUGCUUUUCGAGCAUUUGCUUGGUACCAAUGCAUCGCAAAUGCUUAUAACACAUAGUGAUCUGCAAAUGGCAUUACACAAUGUUAUUGAAUUGUGUUGCGAAGCUAGUGUAAGUUAUUUUUGUGUGUGUGUGUGAGAUUUCUCGUCACUGUUGACCUCAUAUUGGAGUUAGUUGUGCUUGCAUGUUGAGCUGCAUUUGGAUGUCAGAGAAUCCAAGACAAAACAAAAAAAAAUGAAGGAAGCAGGUUUUAUAUUAUGUGCCAAAGCUCCACAGCAGUGAUGCCUUUUCAGUAGGGGUGUGCAAAUAUUCGAAACUUUCGAAAUCGCAGAUCGAAUGGUAUUGUCCUAUAUAAUUUGGUCCUCAGAUUGAAUAAUCCUUAUUUGCAAAUCCAAAUAUUUUUCUGAUGGUUCUCAAAUACUUCCUGUCGAUUUCACACGUCAAACAAGAACUAGAAGUAAAAAUGCAAUAACUAACUUUCAUUCCAUUCACCGUAGACAUAACUAUAGUGAACAAACUGCUGAGUUGUUCCUAAUUCUCCGUUUGCACGUUUAAUAAGGCAUGCUUUAUAAUCUUCACUGUAAUUACAGAAAUAUUCAAAUAUGAAAACCAGGAUGUGGAAAUUGUUUGAUAGUAAUGGUGAGAAGUCUGUACAGCACUCGAAAACUAUUAGAAACAUUUUAUGUUCAAUUCACUUCUCGGACUAGUCAAUUCAAUUUGCUUCUGGCACUAUUCGAUUCGUAUUCAAUUCGUUCUCAAAAACUGCCAUUCACACACCCCAACUUUUCAGGAGACAUCUUGUGACGUGCACUUUGUUUCAUACUUAAUGUGUGUAAUGUUAAAGCGCACAAACUUCAAGUUUGCAUUUAUGAAUGAAGUGCUUUCGAAUGAAGGUGUUUUAGUGUUUAGAUUGUUGUUUAUUAGGUGUGUUUAGGUGGAGUUGAGAUUACUAGUUCUGUCCGGCUGUGAAGUGCUGACAUCAAAUUUUGUUUUACACUUCAGAUGUAUAUAUUUGAAGCAGCCAUUACUAGUGAUAUGUAAUAAGUUCACUUUAGUGGUUUAGAGUGUUGCAUUUCUUGGUUAUGGCUUGUUGAGCUGGAAAUGAAAUUAACAAAAAAUUUGUUUGCUUUCAAAUACUAAAGUUGCCGACAUUGCCGGGCCCUUUUGCGCUUCUUUACUCGACCUUGCUUACUGUGAGCAUCGUGUGCUAGAUAUUCUUGAAGGAGUGGUUACUCUGUAGGCCUCCCUCAACGGAAUGUUGCUGAAGCUGCACACACAGGCUUUUGCUUAACUUAGUCCUGGCCUUAAACUUGUGCUUUUUUGUUGGUGUGCGUUAAUCACUGUGUGCAACCUAUUUUUGGCUGUGUGAGGAGUCAAUUCAUGCAAACUUGCGGGAGAAAAACUGGCUGACCUUACAGUCAUUCUUUAAUAUGGCAUUUGUUGUCUCGCAUCUGCAAUGAGGAUUCAAUUCUCCAGUUUUGUGGGCUUUGUGCAUUUUUGCCGCAUUGCACAGUAUUCUGCAUGUUCUUGAGGCACAUGGCAAGAAUUCAGGUGUGGUGACAUUUUCACCAGUAGAGAACAUUGUUGAGCAAGCACACUAAUUUUUACGGCAAGUUAAUGAGGAAAAAACUUGCACCAUCACUCCACCAUGUGCAACCCGUAUAUUUUUUUUCAGUAUAGUGUAUUGCUGCAUUUCUUUUUUAUUGCCAGAAAGGAUGUGUACUAAACUCCAGUUGCAUAGCACUCUGAGCCAUCAGCCAAGCUGAUACUUGCGUUUACCAUCAUUUCUAUGCUGGUUGAAGUCCCGCCGAGAGAAACCACGUAGGCAGUAGCACCACAUUUCCCCCUAGGUAAGGUUUCGGUAACCCUCUAAGGUGUGUGGACUUUAAGCGUUGCGGAACAGCCACAUAAAGGUCACAAGCAAUCGCAGCUGCCAGUGACAUCUUGUCCUUUCUUAGGUGUUUUUAAAUGCUGGAAAUAUCUACGGUGUCUUGCAUAUUUGAAAACAUACUUCAUUGUAAGACAGUGUCCUGAGUAGUGGGAUGGGGUAAUUUUUCUGUCAUUCACUUCAUCAUGUGUGAUUGGGUGAUAAAAUUUUCAAUCAAUGGAAACAACAAAGUUUUGAAUAGGAAUGGGACUAUAAGUAGCGAAAUUUCCCUUGCACUUCUGUUCUAUUGAACAAUGUUCUUCUACGUGCCUCAACUCAUGCUCGUGAUUAUAGACACUUGUUUGUGCUGGUAACUUCAAUGAUAGCUUGUGCAAACACUCACACAGCAUGGAAAUGCAUCUCUUAAAAACUAUUCUAGAUGCUUAGAUUAGGAAUGUGUACUGCUUGGUUUUCACACAUGCUCUUCACAAUUCUGAAGAAAGUGUUUCAUUAAUAAAGAUGUUUUCAAAGAGUG